AAAUAGGGUAUUGAUUUCCUAUUAAAUUAAAUCUUACUUAUUAAAUUAAAUAUGAAUUUAUAUGUAUUAUUCCAUGAAUAGCCUAUUAGAUUAUUACACAUGAGCAGUGUGUUCCCUGGUUGUAGGAUCAUAGAACUUACUCCUCCUCUGUAAAUAAAUCACCAUCUGAAUGCAUGAGAUUCAUCACUGAGGUGCCACGCAGAUUAUUUCACAUGAAAAACAAAUACCGUCCGAAUAGAGCUAUUGAGCACCCUGCCUUAACAGAACUAUUGGACAGUUAUCACAUAUUAAAAACACAUUUAUGAACAAAGUCAUGUCAAAGAACAACAUGAACAAAGUCAUGUUGUUCAUGUUGUGUAGUGCACUAAUGAAUGUUCCUUUCUUAAUCUGACUUAGAGUGUUAUCGCCUUAGGUUUAACUUUGUCUUUUUGGUUCCUUCAGGAUGCAAACCAACAAUGUUGUCAGAGUGAAGAGUCCGAAGAAACUUUUACAUUUCAAUCAUUUUUGGAAUGUGCUCCCUUUAGUAAAAUUUGAUCUUCCUACAAUGGAUGUUAAAGUCUUUGAUGACUCGAAGACAGAAGUUGAUGAGGAAGCAUUCGAAUAUCACCAGAUCUUGGUGUCCUAGAAAUUUUCAUACCAGGCAAAAACUUUGAUGAUACUUUAAGCUCAAGCUCAUUAGGAGAUACUGAGGGCACGUCAGAGUCUGAUAACACAGCAAUGUUGAUUAGAAGUCCUCCUGAAAAAAAAUCAAGUUGAGAAACGUCGUCUUGCCCAAAUGAUCGAAGAUAUACAGCAGCCAUGAAGGCGAGAAGGUCAGUGUAUUGUCUGUGUAUUGUCUGUGUAUUGUCUGUGUCUGUGUAUUGUUCUGGUCAUAGGAGCAUUAUUACAAUGGAGAAGAUGGAAGUGGAUAUUUGGCAUGGAGAAUUAAAACUCUGCAGAAAGAAGCAUCAGAGGGACGGAUGAAGCACCCACGGCAACCACAAACAGGUGGGCCAACUGCUGACAGACAUCCCUACAAAGAAGACAGCUUUUUGACUGAUGACCAUCAGUGUCAGAUAGCAAUUGCCAUGAUGAAGCAUUCAGCUGAUGAGGCAGUGGAAAGGAAAAGAUGAAGUUAACACUGGCCUAUCGUCAGAAGCUGCUGCAUGACCCUAAAGAGUCAACUGAUAUUCUAGCAAUUUUCCAGCGAUUCCUGGAUAUACCAGGCUUGAUUGAUCAAGAUUUUGCACUUCUAUUUGGUGAUGCGACCUCUGCAAAGUUGCUGGAGAAGUGGUCUACCAACAUAAAACCAAAGGUAAUUGAACAGAGCCGUGGCCUUACACAGACUAGUGAACUCCAAGACCUCAUCCAAAAUGCUGAAGCCACUGAAGUUGAAGAAGGUUGGGACAGCGACAUGUCUUCCAUUCUGAUGAUGGUUCACCUUUUGCCACCCUCAAGUCAAGGCCGUAAAAGACUGGGAAAGAUCUCAGCUAGACAAGCAUGUGAUCGUCUUAUGAAAUUCAUCAAGACCAGUACCAGUAUCCAAGGCCACUUGGAUAGCACUGGAGAGAGUCUCCAGCCGUAUCUACUUGCUGUUGGGCCGAAGAGAAGUAGGAUCCAUUCUUGGUUUAUUGUAAUUGAAGAACAUGCUCUACCCUGUAAGGCUUCUAAUUCACUAGCCUGUGUUGAUGAACUUUUCAAAGCUCACUUUGUCUUUGGCACCUCAUACUGUUAGGAAUUGACCAAUGUGUAUAGCUUUCUGCAAACCACUGUCUAUGAUAUAGAUGUUGAAACCACCAAGGUGAAUCCCAGAGUGGCUGAGUUAAGAGCUAGAAUUCUCCAGUGAACAGAUGAUUUGUUUCAUUUGUAAAAAGGGGCAUGCUAAUGCCAAUGCCCUUAUAAGGCACUUUAAGUUAGUUCAUGGCCUUUGUCCAGGAAGGAGUCUCAAGAUAAAAUGUGCUCAAAGAGGUUGUUCACAUGUUUACUAUAGUUUUUCCGGAUUACGAAAGCAUCUCAGCAUAUGUUGUGUAAUUGACUAUUCGCGCCUCGAUAGUGGUGAAAGCUCAUCCACCGCCAACUCCAUUUCAUUAGAUGAUGUAGGUGUUUUACCAAACCAAAAUUCACCUUGUGAGUCUGCACUCCUAAAAACAAAUAUAGUGAACAGUUGUGCAACAGUGGUAGCUGAACUUAAAGUUUCUGGUGUCGCAGAGACAACUAUUAACUAUGUUGUUGGUGCUCUAGAAGAAGUGAUUGGAGACCUUCAUUGUGAAACUCAAGAAUCUGUGAAAAACAGCCUUAGCUGUCUAACAUCUUUAUAGGAGCCCAUGAAAAGUGUUGUUGAGUCUCAAAUUGAUCAGUGUUUUGAAAAAAUGCAAAAUCCUUUUGCGGUGUUAAACACUGAGAGCAAGAGAAUGCAGUACUUUUCAGAGAAAUGGGGAAAAAUAGAUCCUGUUGAAUAUGUUCUUGGAACAAAAUUUGUGACACAGCUUAACAGAACAACUGGAACGUUUGCCCAAACCAUUGUUAAGGAUAAAUUUGUAUAUAUACCAAUUCUUGAGACAUUUCAGUCCAUUUAUAAGCACCCUAACAUUACAGAUAUGAUGGCAAGAGAUUCACAACAAAGACCAAAUUGUCUUUAUGAUAUACAUGAUGGAGAAUUCUUUAACAAUCAUGCACUCUUCUCAAAACAAAGACAUGCAGUUCAAAUCCAGCUUUUUUUUGAUGAAUUUGAAUGCCCUUGGAUCAAAACGAGGAAUACAUAAGUUAGGAGCUGAUGUUCUGCUCCCACUUGAGCUCCUGGUUGAUGGUGGUGCCCAGGAAGCAGAAGGACUUAACAGAUGUCACCGGAGAGUCAUAAAGGAUGACAGGGGGAAGAGGGGUUGGGUCCUUCCUGAAAUCCACUAUCAUCUCCUCUGUCUUGAGAGGGUUGGCAGUUUGUGUUCAAGUUCAAAAUGACAUGCCUGUAUUUCAUGUAAUCCAGAAUAUUGUUAUUAAAGAUGAGCACAUCCUUUUAAUAAUAACUGCACUGAAAACAUUCUGUUUAGAUGAACAUAUCCAUGCUUACAAAGUUGCACAUGCUAUAGAUGCACCUUAUGUUUUGAAGAUUAGGAAUAUUUUGCACCACAAGUUGUUUGACAUUCUGAUGUCUUAUGGUUGUGAUUCUGAUUUGUUUAUUGUACCAUAUAGUUUCAUGUAAUUCUUCAUCUCCUUCGAUGACAACACGACGACAUAUUCACAGUGACAAGUGAAUUAAGUGUAAUGUUUGAAGAGGAGCUUGAAAAAUAAAAUUGUGAGACAUGAGUAUACAGAAUGUUGUUGGUUCUUUUUUCAGACUGAAAAACAAGUUCAUUUUAGGGGUAAGUCAUGA